AGGGGGAGAGAGAGCAAGCAAGAGAGUCCUUCCUAUGGGUAUUGAUGGCUGGCUCUAAUCUCAGUAGGGCCUAUCAGGUUCCACAUCAGCCAAGACUACAUAGAGAGAUCCUGUCUCAAACAAGGGUGUGUGCUGGGGGACUCAGAAAAAAAGUAAAACACAUUCAGGGGCAUAGGUGUAGGCUUCUCAAGGAGCCAGUAAGACAGAUCCAUAGGUACGGGUUCUGUAAGGGAGAGUUAUAAUUGGUAGCAUUGGUCAUCUCUCCCAUCUUGAUGGCUCCCAGGUUGUGUCUCGAAAGAUUAGUAACAACUCCUCCCCAGUUUUGAUGAGGAUGGGUGAGGUAGCUCUUUGGAAUGCCUUGGAUGGGAAUCAGAUAAAGUAAAACCAGAAACUACUAGGGCUGCCCGAGAGACUUGGUGUAUGUGCUUUCCCUGUAAACCAGAGGUUCUAAAUUCCUGGUUUACAGCUGGGAAGGGAGAAGGGCCUUAGUUGUUAGUGUGCUUGGGGCAGGUAGGAGGAAGGUUCUCCAUUUCUCUUUCUCAUGUCCCCCCAAAUUCUCCCUUCCUUCUGGCCUGCUUCACUACCACUUCGUUCUAAAUUCACUUUUCUAUAAUCCCCAGGUCUGCAAACUAUAUUAGAUCCCCAGGCUGCCCCUUUGCUAGCCAAAGUGGGCACACUAGCCUGGAGUGGGAAUACGUCUGGGUAGACAGGCCAACUCAGCUAUAAUAGCCUUCAGUAAAGAUAGGUGGGUGAAGAUGCCCGACCUGUACAUUCAGACACAAAUUUGUGAACUUAAAAACAUUCAAGUAUUAAGAUUCAUUGUUCGUGGUUUGCCUGUGCACCAUGUGCGUGCUUGGCGCUCUCGGAGGUUGGAACCAAAGAAUCAAAGCUUCUUUCUGGAUGCGCAGUUUUAUUUGUCCGUCAUGUGGGUGCCAUUCCGUGUUCUUAAUCACUGAGCCAUCUCUUAGUCCCAAACAUUGUUUUUCACACUUGUUUUUCCGUGGCAGGGUUUCUGUGUGUUGCCUUAGCUGUCCUAGAAACUCUCUCUGUAGACCAGGCUGGCUUCGAACUUAGAGAAUCGCCUGCCUUUUGCCUCCAUUGUGCUGGGACUAAAAGGCGUGCACCACCACAAACCACGCGUGGUUUUCACACUUUUAAAGCAUUUUGAGAUUUGUAAUUAGCUUGGGCAAUUGUUCAGCAUGAAAGCUGCCCGAAACAAACGAUGACACGCUAAAUAAACAUUAUGCUCACAACCCUCGGCCGGGUUGAUACCCCUGGGGGUGGGGAGUAUGCCCAAUAGAAUUCUAUGUGGCCCAGACACCCCUGGUAGACGCUACUCCACGCCCAAAGUCCCUGAUAUCAGUAGCCGCCCUUUCUCUCCUGCCAGAUGCAGGGACGCACUAGCCCCCUACUGGCCGACCUGGGUCACGCAAUUCCCAUUAUCGGGAAGCGCCUCCAUCUCUAGACCCCUCUAACCGGCUGGGGCCUUUCUCGCUGGUACGUCAGGCGACACCCCAGGGCGGACGCUCCUCUAGCGCCAGGGGGCGCGCGGCUGCUUAGGGGCCCUUCUGGCCUGCGGCGGCAGCUCGACUGCUCCAAGGCGGCCCAGGUGAACCCCGGCGCUUCUCCGCAACGUGCCGGGUACCGCUGGAGCUGCUACCAUGGAGGUGCUGGUGGGCCCCGGGCCCCGGCAAGCUGGCGGAGGGCUGGGCGCCGCAAGAUCCACGUCCUCCGGCCGCGCGGCGCGGACCACGGAGGUCCCCUGGGCGCGCUUCUCUGCCUGGCUGGAGUGCGUGUGCGUGGUCACCUUCGAUCUGGAGCUGGGCCAGGCGCUAGAGCUAGUCUAUCCGAGUGACUUCCGGCUCACAGACAAGGAGAAAAGCAACAUCUGCUACCUGGCCUUUCCAGACUCCCACUCAGGGUGCCUGGGAGACACUCAGUUCAGUUUCCGCAUGCGUCAGUGUGGAGGACAAAAGAGCCUCUGGCAUGUUGACGAUCGGUCGUAUAACAGCAAGGCUCCCUUGGCAUUGCAGUCUUUAGUGCUGGUGUCCCGCCUGCCAUUCGUCCGGCUGUUUCAGUCACUCCUAAGCCUGAUUGCCCCCGAGUACUUUGAGAAGCUGGCACCCUGCCUGGAAGCAGUUUGUAAUGAGAUUGACCAAUGGCCAGCCCCUGUGCCUGGGCAGACCCUGAACCUACCUGUCAUGGGAGUUGUCAUUCAGGUGCGCAUCCCAUCCAGGGUGGACAAGCUGGAAUCCAGUCCUCCAAAGCAGUGUGAUCAAGAGAACCUGCUGCCAGCUCCAGUCGUCCUCACUAGUGUCCACGAACUGGAUCUGUUUAGGUGCUUCCGACCAGUGCUAACCCACGUGCAGACCCUGUGGGAGCUCAUGCUUCUUGGGGAGCCCCUAGUGGUCCUGGCACCCUCACCUGACGUGUCUUCAGAGCUGGUACUAGCCCUAACCAGCUGCCUACAGCCCCUGAAGUUCUGCUGUGACUUCCGCCCCUACUUCACCAUUCACGACAGUGAGUUCAAGGAGCUCACAACUCGAACCCAGGCUCCACCAAACGUGGUCCUGGGAGUCACAAACCCUUUCUUUAUCAAAACACUCCAGCACUGGCCUCAUGUUCUCCGAAUAGGGGAGCCCAAGAUGUCAGGGGACCUACCUAAGCAGGUCAAGCUUAAAAAACCGUCUCGGCUGAAGACCCUCGACACCAAGCCAGGCCUCUACACCUCCUAUACUGCCCACCUCCACCGGGACAAAGCCCUGCUUAAACGACUGCUCAAGGGCAUCCAGAAGAAGCGGCCAUGGGAUGUGCAAAGCGCCCUGCUGAGGCGGUACCUUCUAGAGCUCACACAGAGUUUCAUCAUCCCUCUGGAGCACUACAUGGCCAGCCUCAUGCCACUACAGAAGAAUAUUACACCCUGGAAGAGCCCCCCCCAGAUCUGCCCCUUCCGCCAGGACGAUUUCCUGCAAAGCCUGGAGCAUGCGGGACCCCAGCUCACCUGCAUCCUCAAGGGCGACUGGCUGGGCCUCUACAGGCGGUUUUUCAAGUCCCCCCAUUUUGAUGGCUGGUAUCGGCAACGACACAAAGAGAUGGCCCAGAAGCUGGAGGCUCUGCACCUGGAAGCUAUCUGUGAGGCGAACAUCGAGGCUUGGAUGAAGGACAAGUCGGAGGUGGAAGUGGUCGACCUGGUCCUGAAACUUCGGGAGAAGCUGGUACGGGCACAGGGCCACCAGCUCCCUGUGAAGGAGGUGACACUGCAGCGGGUUCAGCUGUACAUCGAUACAGUUAUUGGCUCCCUGCCCAAGGACCUGCAAGCAGUCCUGUGCCCUCCCUAGGACAGGACAACUUGUGUGGUCCUGGGGACCUAAGUCUGCCAAGCUCCCCCUCCCUUGAAAGGCAGGCUUCCACCAAGCUGGGGCUCCCAGCCUGGGGCUCUUACCUCAGCUUCAGCCCCCUCCAGAACCACCUUUGUCCCAGCAGUAAAAUGACAUUUGGAAUGACAGUCUGGUCCCUGACUAUUGGGGGAUUCUGUGCUGGCACUGUCUCACUUCUUGCUGGCCCCCACCUGUCCGCCACAGCUGGAGGUGGGAGUGGUCUAGUAGCCUUUACUGAUGUAGGUGCCUUCACCACCUGCCCCCUCCUGGCUCCCAUCUGCCCACACUCCAGGCCGCCUUGUGUUGGGGGUCCUUUAGCCCAGCAGGCUUCCCAACUCCAAGAAGGAGGAGGCAGCUGCCAGGGCAAGCUCCUUUCCUUUACACCUCACUCGUUCUGGGGAGGGAAGGGUACUUUGCCUAGGCAGCUACUUGAGAGGGCAGAAGCUCUUUGUCCUGUGAGGACCUAAAUCUCCUUCCUGCUGUGAUUGGUCAGGAUGAGAGAGUGAGGGAUGGUGUGGGGCCUGGCACCCAGGCUAUUCUUUGAGGUCCUCACCACAGUCCUUGUUCCCUUUCUUGGAACACCCCCUAAACACCUGCUCCAUGCAUUUCACCCAGGCUGCCAAGGGAUACUCCAGCCCCCCCCCCCCCGUGUCUGCCCCCCCCCCUGAAGUUUGAGAGUCUUUGGACUGUAGCCUGAUGCUAUGGUCUCUGCUGUCUUGGUCUUAAAGUACACUUGAGCCCUUAGGCAGAGGUAUCUCUUGGAGGUGCUCUUCCUAAAGGCUAAAAUGGUCCCAGGGGCCUAAGUCUGCCAAGCUUCCCUCUCCCUUCAAGGCUCUAACUUGGCCUCAGACCUCCCUCCCUGCAAGAACCACCUUUGUCCUGCAGUUAAGAUGACAUUUGGAACUGCAACCUGGUCCCUGAAUGUUUGAGGAUUCUGUGCUGGCCCUGUCUCACCCGUUCCUGGAUUGAUACUGUUGUGCAGUACCUCUAAUCCUGGGUACAGUGUGUUACAAUAUUACAACCUAGCACUCCAACCUGACCCUUGGGGUGGUCCAGACUGAAGUGAGGACCCAGAGCUGCAGCCAAACCCCAGCUAAGUAUCUGAAAUCUGAAGGUGGGUCUCCUGAGCACUUAGACUCCUCCUCUGUGGGACUGGGCUAUGUGGGUUCACUGGGUAGUGUCGAGCAGUAACAGGGAAAGGGGGCAUUCAGAGCUGCAAGGCGAGCUUUUGCUUUCUUAUAAAGCUCCCAAGUAGCAUGACUUAUUACCUGUUCUGGGUUCUUUGGACUCCUUAACCAAACCUCAAGAAUGUACUGCCUUACCCUUCUCCACUGAUCCUGGCUAAGUCCAGACACAGCAAAGGUAUCCUAGUGUUAAGAGUUGUCAGCACCAUGCCUAGAUCUUUGUAUCGGUUCAGUUGUUUACCCCUGACCUUAGCCUAUGACAGCUUGUCACACUGUAUCCACUCUACAGGCGAGCAAACGGACCAGAUAGAUACACGAAGGUACAUAGUCAUCUAGGUCAGUCUAAUGCAGUAUCCAAGGAUGUAGACAGAAAACUGAGCAAAAGCAGGUUGAAGUGGAGACCUUGUCAUUAGGAAGAAAGGUGUUCGCACUCCCUGGAACAGAGGUGCCAGCCUCACCACCAAGAGCCUGGUCUCUAAGGGAUCUUCAGAAACAUGGCACCAUCCACUGUGACAGCUGGAGCUCCCAGGCUGUGGGGACUGUGCCUUGGGUGUGCCCACCCUCCUAUCCAAGUGCACAGUGGCCAGGUCUAAGCCCCCUUGGUCUCAGCGGCUCCAUCCUAAAAUGCACAUCUCAAAUACCACUGCAAUGUGUUUCUUGUGGUCUCCACUUGACUUUCUGAAAACUGUCACACAAUAACCUUCAGGGUGGCCCUCAUGGACCUCGGCCACCAUAACCAGCUUCUGCCGUGACAGUUAGUUGGUCAUCCUCUGGACAUGGGAAUCAGCAGACAGAUUUGGGGCAGAGGAGGGGAGAAGGCUAUGUAUAACAGUGCUGCCUAGAACAUGAACCCAAGGCUGAUACGUAGGAAUGAGGAAAGUUCCAGUGUCCUUGAGGGGCUUGUCCAGGUUACUUGGUAGAGUGUACGGCCUGGGGCCUUCUACCAGCUAUAUCCUUUCCCACUCCUGCACUCCCAGGAUGGGCUCAGCGGAGUUAGCGGAGCUUCUGUCCAAAGUAGGCUUAAGCCCAUCUCUUCCCAUCCCUGCCAAGGGCAGAGAGCCUGGAGGGAAGAAGAGACAGAUGGCUCCAAAAAGGUGCUCCCCUCCCCCAACCCAAAGGGCCCUUACAGUUUAGAUGCCUGGAUAGUGAAAAACUAAUCCUGGAGGCUGUGAUCCCCAGAGCUCCCUUGUGUGGCAAGUUGGAGAGAGCAGUGAGCCAGCAUUCAGGGGAUCUAGGAGGGUUGGGUGGAGGUCAUGAGGCAGCCAGCCCCUGGGACAGACCGGAAGGAUAGGAGGACUCUUUUACCCUCCAGCUUCCUGCCUUCUAUUUUGAGCCCUACUCAUUUCAGAAUACUGGCCUUCCCACAACUUUGUUAUUAAAAUAUCUUUGUUAUACAA